AUGAAUGUAAUUCGACAACCAUUAUGGCUCUGCGGGUCAUCCAAAACGACGCUAAAUUCGGCUUUAGCGUCCGCAGGUCCAUCUUAUUUGCAGAUGAGUCCCCUUCAGGCGUCGGCCUUACAAUCCGCAUAUUCGUAUGUCAAUGACUACGACUGCAAUGACUUCCAUAGUGAUGAGGAUUUGGAAGACCUUUCCUUUGUAGAACCAAGACCUCUGAUGAAGCGAAGGGUGCGAUUGGACUAUGUCAGCGACUAUGAAUGGGACGAAGACAAUGAUUAUCUCGAAGAUUACGAUUCUGAUGGGGAUAACCAGUGUUAUGACGAUGCCUGCUCAAUAGAUUCCGACCUGACUCUCACGGUCAGCAACCGGGCUUGUGCCAAACAGCUUAGUCCUGUCAGUUCCUCGACGAACUCCACCGCCACCAUGGACUCGGAUUGCUGCAGCAUUUCCAGUGGUCUUUCAUUUGACAGUGAAGUGGCCGUCUCGAAACAUCAUCAACCAACACCCAUUUAUCAUCAUCAUCAUCAUCAUCAUCACCGACAGCAUUUUUCACCUGCUUCCGCACAGGAGGAAACGAGGCACUCCUUUUCAUCGUUGCCGUCUACCAACAAUAUGAGCGCUGCUACGCCUAACAUGAAGAAACCCUUUGUUCGUGCCGAUCUCAUGCCCACGCCUCUGAGUACUCGUAGUAGUAGCCAACAAUUGUUGACGUCUAUACCUUGCUCUCCUAAGAGAGGGCCCAUCAACCGAAGAUUGUUUCGAACAUUCUCUUCUCAAUCCACGGCUUCUGCCAUGACUAUUUGA